AUGGCAGACGCGCAGAAAUCAUUACGUGAAUUUCUAAACAAAAUCGCCAGGGAACACAAAUAUGUGGACCCUGAGAUCACAAUAGAAGAAAUAUCAAGCGGUGGAGCCAACUACACAUCUAAACUGUUCACGGCGGUUGUGAGGGAAGCAGGCAAGGAAGAUCUACAUCUGUUCGCUAAAGUCGCAGUAUUUAGUGAAAGUAUGCGUAAUGUAGUGCCCAACGUAUUUCUCCUUGAGCAAUACACGUACACGGAGCUGGCAAAAUGGUUUGAGACUAUGGAGAGGGAUUGCGGGGUUCCAGAGAAAGACAGACUUGUUUUCUGCAAGUUCUACGGGCUUGAACCGACCCUGAACAGGGAAAUACUGGUGCUGGAAAACUUGCUGCCUCAGGGCUACGGACCUCACGACAGGUUCCAGUCUGUAGACUGGCCGUAUGCUGCAUCCGCUGUCAGAGAACUUGCCAAGAUGCAUGCACUAUCUUUCGCGUUUGCUACAAAAUAUCCUAAAGAGUUUGACAAUGCUAUGAAAAAUAUAACCUUGGACUGGCCUGCGGAAAUUCUAGACUACAUGAUCCGACAAGCAGUACCAACAGCAGUGAAAGUGGUCAAUCCUGAGAACAAGGAGGCGUUUGUCAAGUUCAUGGACGAGGCUAUGAAGACAACGUAUUUCGAUAUAUUGAAGCCUGUAAACUCCAAAGUUGCCAUCAUACACAGAGACUACAGGGGGAACAACUUGCUGCACAGGCGUCGGGAAAUCACAAUAGAAGAAAUAUCAAGCGGUGGAGCCAACUACACAUCUAAACUGUUCACGGCGGUCGUGAGGGAAGCAAGCAAGGAAGAUCUGCAUUUGUUUGCUAAACUAGCAGUAAUUGGUGAAAGUAUGCGCAAGGAUUUUCCUGAAAUUUAUGAAACAGAGAACUAUGCUUACACGAAAGUGGCAAAAUUGUAUGAGAGCCUGGAGAGGGAAAGUGAUGUGCCGGAGGAGAACAGAUUAGUAUUCUGCAAGUUUUACGGGUUUGAUCCCAGCCCGAACAGAGAGAUUCUGGUGCUGGAGAACUUGUUGCCUCAGGGCUAUGGGCCUCACGACAGGUUUCACUCUGUAGACUGGCCGUAUGCUGCUGCUGCCAUCAGAGAACUUGCCAAGAUGCAUGCACUAUCCUUCGCAUUUGCUAAAAGAUAUCCUGGAGAGUUUGAGAAAAUAUUUUUAACUUUAAAAGGGAUAUGGCAGACGCUGCCUUUUGACGAAUUAGCCGCGAACAGAAUAGAGUCUGCAGUCAAGGUAUUGAACCCCAAACACCAGGACAAGUUUAUUAAUUACAUGAAGAAACGUCAGUUUUCAAUAACAAACCUGUGGAAAUACAAUAAUUUCAAAGUCAUCAUGCAUGGAGACUACAGAGGGAAUAACUUAUUGCAUAGAGUGCGGGAGGCGCGCGCGGAACGCUACGCGUCGUACGCUCGGGCCUGGUUCUGGUCGUGCGGCGAGCUGCCCUUACUCGCCGAUCGCAGGCCCAUGCGAGUUUCGUUGGACGUAGAACAUUCCCUCCGAGAAUAUCUAAACAAAAUCUCCAGGGAACAUAAUUAUGCGAACCCUGGGAUCACAAUAGAAGAAAUAUCAAGCGGUGGAGCCAACUACACAUCUAAACUGUUCACGGCGGUCGUGAGGGAAGCAGGCAAGGAAGAUCUGCAUCUGUUUGCUAAACUAGCAGUAAUUGGUGAAAGUAUGCGCAAGGAUUUUCCUGAAAUUUAUGAAACAGAGAACUAUGCUUACACGAAAGUGGCAACAUUGUAUGAGAGCCUGGAGAGGGAAAGUGAUGUGCCGGAGGAGAACAGAUUAGUAUUCUGCAAGUUCUACGGGUUUGAUCCCAGCCCGAACAGAGAGAUUCUGGUGCUGGAGAACUUGUUGCCUCAGGGCUAUGGGCCUCACGACAGGUUCCACUCUGUAGACUGGCCGUAUGCUGCUGCUGCCAUCAGAGAACUUGCCAAGAUGCAUGCACUAUCCUUCGCAUUUGCUAAAAGAUAUCCUGAAGAGUUUGAGAAAAUAUUUUUAACUUUAAAAGGGAUAUGGCAGACGCUGCCUUUUGACGAAUUAGCCGCGAACAGAAUAGAGUCUGCAGUCAAAGUAUUAAACCCCAAACACCAAGACAAGUUUAUUAAUUACAUGAAGAAACGUCAGUUUUCAAUAACAAACCUGUGGAAACACAAUAAUUUCAAAGUCAUCAUGCAUGGAGACUACAGAGGGAAUAACUUAUUGCAUAGAGUGCGGGAGAUUCGAAACGAAUAA